AUGACAUCUUCGUCAUCUUCAUCUCGAGAGUAUCGUCGGGCUGUAGAGGAGGAGAGGCAACAAGAGUUGGCGCGGAUGGGGCAGCAGGCUGGCAACGUUCAGAAAAGGAAAUCCGCCGAUAAGUUGACUCCUAGUGAGCUGGAGAAGCGUAGAGUAGAGCGGAAGCACAAGGCUGAGAAGGCGUACAUGUUCACUCGUCUCACUGAGCAGUUCGCCUCCAAAACCCGACCAUCUCCAAUCGCCUUGCACUGGUCUAGGGGUAUAUCCCAACCGACAGUAGCAGCGAUAGAGGCCUCACAGGGCUCUCUGAUAGAUCAAUGGGCGGUGGAGGGGAACACACCCGAGCAGUCCCUUAAAGAUUUCGUAUUCUCGGGGCUUGCCAAGAGGCAAAUAGAAAGCCUGUGCCCGAAGGAGUUCUCCCCGCAAAAACAAUACUUUAACGAGUACUUGCCAGAAGGCAGCAAAUUAGCACUGAAGGCAUUGGCCAAGGAGGUGGUGUCAGAAGGGCUGGCCGAUCCACGAUAUGCUGAGACGAUAGAAGAGUCUCUACUGGAGGCGAUCAACGAAGGGAAAAGAAGAAGGAAGGCAUCUGGUCACGAACUAGAGGUGGAGAUCUUGGACAUCCCCAAGGUGCAUAUACAGCGCGUGAAUCUCGUGGUGGGAGGCUCUAGACGACUCAACAAGGACUUCUUCAAAGGGAAGAUGCUGGUCAAUCCUGUGUUGAUGCCGCAGCUCUACGUAGUCCUGUCGGAGGAUCAGCUUGAGCGGAGUGGUGGGCAAUUCUCGCCCUUCAUGGACAUCUUCAAUACUACAGUCGGCUCGGGCGCGGCCGUGAUCGUCGAUGCUCGGAUGGAAUGCCAACAGCGCUACUCUGCUCGUAUAGUGGGGGCUGAGGAGACGGAGAGCUCAGGCGUGGAAACCGCUGUACACGAGUUGAGAAUGGAAAUGACUUUGCAUCCGAUACCGGGCAGUGGUGCAUAUCCGGUGGACGGCCGCUUCAGUGGAGGGCAUUGGCAGGUUACUGACUUCAACCGGGUUCUGAAUGGCAACUUCCCCAUCCCUCUACCGCUCUUCAAUCGAGAGUCCUUCGACAGCGGCACGUACAAGACCCCGAGUGCUAGCGGUGGGAGUCGACAACAGAGCGCCACUAAGAUUGCUGAUUGGCCUACACAUGAUGAGGGUAGCAACAGCAACAAACGAUGA